UGUUUUGGUUGGGGUGGGUUGCGCUGGCCAUUCCUCAUAUCUGUGUGGGUUUGUGGUGCUCAACUUCGCCUUUUAGGCAAUGUGCGGACGCGUACCGAGAAAGAGGGUCACUUGAAAACAAGCAUUAGAGGUUGGACUUGCUUGUGGGUAGACGACGGAGCCUAAGUUUAUUCCGUUUCGGUAUCCCGGUCCCGCGCCCACUUGCUCAUAUAACAGCCUUACCCGCACCCCAUCAUCUCAGUUCUGACGUUACAACGCGUGGGUAGGUCAGUCAAGAUACGGACCUCUUACACCAGUUGGUAGAUCUCUGCCAGGAUUCCUGCAAACAUGCUUGGGAAUGUUUUUAUAGGGAAUGGCCCUGUGCGUGCCAUUGUUGCCUCUGGCUUGUGGUUUGUCAAGAACAAGAGCAAUCAGAAGGCCUUUACUUGCUUCAUUGCCAGCAGUGCUGCCGUUGGCUACGGCCUGAGCCGAAUCGCAGUGGCGGAUAACGCACAGGCAGUACAGCCCAUCAAUACAGACAAGUUCAUGGGCAGUCCCAUCACAAGCAUGGAGAAAAUCGUCGCGAACCGGGACGACAUGAAGAUCCGCAUGGAGCUGCUGAUCUUGCGCAUCCAGGCCGAGUUCUGCCGCGCUUUGGAGGCCGAGGAAACGAGCGGUGCGCGUUUCCGUGUCGACCGCUGGCAACGCAAAGAGGGCGGCGGCGGCAUCUCGUGUGUGUUGCAGGACGGCCAGGUGUUUGAGAAAGCGGGCGUCAACAUCUCGGUGGUCCACGGCUCGCUGCCGCCGCCGGCCGUGGCGCAGAUGAACGCCCGCGGCAAGCAUCUGCCCGAGGACAAGAAGCUGCCGUUCUUCGCCGCCGGCGUGAGUUCGGUCGUUCACCCGACCAACCCGUACGUGCCGACCAUCCACUUCAACUACCGCUACUUCGAGGUGCAAGACCAGGACGGCCGGCCGCAGGGCUGGUGGUUCGGUGGCGGCACUGACCUCACGCCGUACUACCUGAACGAGCAGGACGCCCGCCACUUCCACUCGACGCUGAAGGGGGCGUGUGACAGGCACGACCGCACCUACUACUCCCGCUUCAAGAAGUGGUGCGACGACUACUUCCAGGUGAAGCACCGCGGCGAGCGGCGCGGUGUCGGCGGCAUCUUCUUCGACGACAUCAAUACGCCGAGCAAAGAGAAGGCGUUCCUUUUCGUGGAGUCCUGCGCAGAAGCCGUGGUGCCGUCCUACUUGCCGCUGCUUCGCCAGCACAAGGACGACGGCUACGGCUACGCGGAGCGGCAAUGGCAGCUCCUGCGGCGCGGCCGCUACGUCGAAUUCAACCUGAUCUACGACCGUGGCACCAAGUUUGGCCUGUUCACCCCGGGCGCGCGUUACGAGAGCAUCCUUAUGUCGCUGCCGCUGACCGCCCGCUGGGAGUACAUGCACGCGCCCAAGGCCGGCUCGCCCGAGGCCAAGCUGACCGAGGUGCUGAAGAACCCGCGGGACUGGGUGUAGGCGGCCGUGGCGCUGCCGUGCCGGUGAGUGGUGGGGCGGAAUCGUGAUCGUGAAGGCUGUCGGGAGGCUCUCAUGUGAAGGGGGUGGGCAAUGUGUGCGAUUUGACGUCCGCUGUCGUCGGCUUUGGCUGUUUGGAUUUGUGCCCGGUUUCCAAUUAACACAGACUGCGGAGACGUGAUCAUUUAAUGCAACGGUCACAAUCACCUGGAACCUGGCAGCAGCUUGUUCAUUGUGGGGCGUGUAUCUUUCUUUCACGCGCCAUUGUUUUCGUGCAAGGUCACGCCCACGAAUCCUUUAUCUGUUCAGAGAUUUGAGACCCUAUAUGUUUGCGGUUGCGGAAGUGAUGGUUUGUUGGCAUUUAAUUUUCUAUCAGUAUUUACGGAACUUGUGCCGAUGGUGAACGAACCUGCUCACAGGUUUUUGUUAAAUAAAAUGGUGCAUGCAA